CGACCCCGCUAGCGAAAUUUUCUUUUUCUUUUUUUCCCUCUUUCUAAAACCCAAUAUUCUUCUCUUCUCUCUCUCUCUCUCUCUCUGUUUUUCUCCGUGCCCUUCUCACCAAAAGCAAAAUUUAUCCAAAAUCUCUUUCUCAGUGAAGUUUCACUGUCUUUUGAAUCAUGUCGCGCAAAGACGACACCGUCACCGUCAACGUUGACGAUUUCACUAGAACCCGCGAUAGCGUGAUCGUUAGUCUCGCGCAACUCCAGGCGGCCGUCUCCAAGCUGUCGGAGGCUUAUAUUAACCAUGCGAACACCGUACUAAACCGUGGCCCGACGGUCGACAUUGGGAACAUCGCCAACAUCACUAACUCGCUCUAUGAAAGCGGCUUGCUGGGCGCCCUCGGCGGUGCUCGCGCUACUAGCCCCGGCGCAAAGUCCGAAGUGGGCGAGAAGAAGAAGCGCAAGCGCGCUCCCCCGGACCCCAAUGCGCCCAAGCGCGCCUUGACCCCUUUCUUCCUUUACAUGAAGCACAACCGUGCUGAGAUUGGCGAGGAAAUGGGUCCCAAUGCCAAGCCAAAGGAUGUCUCUGAAGAGGGUACUCGUCGCUGGGCUGAGAUGCCCGAGGAGGAGAAGGAGCACUGGAAGAAGAUUUAUGCGGACAAUCUUGCGGUCUACAAGGAGAAGAUGAAGGCCUACAAGGCUGGUCUUCCUUACAGUGAUGACGCAAAGGCCGCCAACCAGCUGCAACAGGAGGCGGACCGUGCGGAAACCACCCCUGCUGAAGAAGAGGAAGAAGAAGAAGAAGAGGAAGAGGAGGAAGAGGAGGAGGAGGAGCCCGAACCAGUCCGGGAGCCUACCCCUCCACGCGCUGGCAAGCGUCGCCGCAGCGAGGCUGCUAAAGCUGCCAAGGAGGCCGCCUCUCCUGCGGAUACCAAGAAGGCAUCACCUGAGAAGAAGAGGACGCGCACUCCCGCUUCGAGGGAAAAGAAGGUGCAGGAGGAGACCCCCGCAUCGACUCGCAAGGCGGCUGCGACGGAGAACAAGCGUGGCAAGAAGAAGCGCAAGAGCGAGGCUGCUGCUGACGAGUAAAGGUGAUAUUACGUGUACAUCUUUGGACAUUGUGGUGGUUGGAUUGCUGUACAGGCAUUUGGCGCAUCUAUGUUGUUUUUGGGAAUUGAACCGUACUCAGUGGUCCCUGUAACAUAUCGUGCUAUUUGCAGCCGGGUUACUGAUUAGUAGGUGCUCUGGGGUAGGGCAGUUGGGAGUCUUUUUUCUUUACAUUUUUUUUUUUUU